UGUUCUACUCACUCACUGCAUCAACACAACAAAGACAACUACAACAACAGGCUUUCUUUUUCUUUCUUUUUCUCUGUUCUCCGCACACAAUGCGCGAAUGAACACAAUGCGUGAAAGAGCCAAUUGAAUUGAAUUGAAUUGAAAGAUUGAAUUGAUCUCUUUCGCAUUCAGCUCGACGACACCACGCACUACUCUCAGUUGUGGUGUGUUUGGUGAUUCGUUUGUUUUUUGUGAUGGUGGAAGCAGGUGAGGAUUGUUGCGUGAAGGUGGCGGUCCACGUGCGACCGCUCAUCGGCGAGGAGAAGGUUCAGGGAUGCAAGGAUUGCGUGAGCGUUGUUCCAGGGAAGCCUCAGGUACAAAUUGGUGCCCAUUCCUUUACAUUUGAUCAUGUUUAUGGGAGCACUGGGUCUCCCUCAUCUGCCAUGUUCGAUGAAUGUGUUGCUUCCCUUGUCGAUGGUUUGUUCCAAGGAUAUAAUGCUACUGUUCUCGCAUAUGGUCAGACAGGUUCGGGGAAAACUUACACCAUGGGAACUGGCUUUAAAGAUGGUUGCCAAGAGGGUAUAAUACCUCUAGUCAUGAGUUCUUUGUUUGACAAAAUCAAGACCUUAAAGCAUCAGAUCGAAUUUCAGUUGCAUGUUUCCUUUAUAGAGAUUCUUAAAGAAGAAGUAAGAGACUUGCUGGACCCAUCAUCUAUGAACAAACCAGAAACUGCAAAUGGACAUGCAGGGAAAGUGACUAUUCCUGGGAAACCACCGAUACAAAUUCGCGAGUCACCAAAUGGAGUCAUUACUCUAGCAGGAUCUACUGAAGUCAGUGUUACAACUCUAAAAGAAAUGGCUGCUUGCCUAGAACAAGGAUCAUUGAGUAGAGCAACUGGGAGCACAAAUAUGAACAACCAAUCCAGUCGUUCACAUGCCAUCUUCACCAUCACUUUAGAGCAAAUGCGGAAGUUCAAUAGUCCUGGUGAGAUCAGUUUAAAUGAUACAGUGAAUGAAGAAUAUCUCUGUGCCAAGUUGCACUUGGUAGAUCUUGCUGGAUCAGAACGAGCUAAAAGAACAGGGUCUGAUGGUCUGCGUUUUAAGGAAGGAGUUCACAUUAACAAAGGUCUUCUAGCACUUGGUAAUGUUAUUAGUGCACUUGGUGAUGAAAAGAAGAGAAAAGAAGGAGUUCAUGUUCCUUAUCGGGACAGUAAACUAACUAGGCUUUUGCAGGAUUCACUUGGCGGUAACAGCAGAACUGUUAUGAUAGCCUGCAUAAGUCCUGCUGAUAUUAAUGCUGAGGAAACCCUUAACACUUUGAAGUAUGCAAAUCGUGCACGCAACAUCCAAAACAAGCCUGUUGUCAAUAGAGAUCCCAUGUCCAAUGAAAUGCUAAAAAUGCGACAACAACUAGAGUAUUUGCAAGCAGAACUUUGUGCUCGCUCUGGUGGCUCUUCCGAGGAAGUUCAGGUCCUCAAGGAAAGGAUUUCUUGGCUUGAAGCAGCUAAUGAGGAUCUUCGUUGUGAACUUCAUGAAUACCGCAGUAGAUGCUCUGUUGUAGAACAAUGUGAAAAGGAUGCUUAUGAUAAUAGCACAUGUAAUGUAAAGACUGAUGGUCUUAAGAGGGGCUUACCUAUUAAAAACACUGAUUAUCCGAUGAGUGAAACAACAGCAGGCGAUUCAAGGGAAAUCGAAGAAGUAGCAAAAGAGUGGGAGCAUACUCUUCUGCAAAAUAGUAUGGAUAGAGAGUUACAUGAAUUGAAUAAACGUUUGGAGCAAAAAGAGUCUGAGAUGAAGCUUUUUGGGAUAUCUGAUGCUGAAGCACUCAAGCAGCACUUCGGAAAGAAGAUAGUGGAACUGGAAGAUGAGAAAAGAGUUGUUCAGCGAGAGAGGGAUCGUCUUUUGGCCGAAGUUGAAAAUCUUGCUGCCAAUUCUGAUGGACAAAUGCAGAGAUCAGAGGAUAUCCAUGCCCAAAAACUGAAAACACUUGAAGCCCAGAUUCUUGAUCUGAAGAAGAAACAGGAGAGUCAGGUCCAGCUUCUGAAGCAAAAGCAAAAAAGUGAUGAAGCAGCAAAGCGAUUGCAAGAUGAAAUACAAUCCAUAAAGGCCCAGAAGGUUCAACUGCAACAUAGGAUUAAACAAGAGGCUGAACAGUUUCGACAAUGGAAGGCUUCUAGAGAAAAAGAGCUCUUGCAAUUAAAGAAGGAAGGAAGGAGAAAUGAGUUUGAACGGCAUAAGCUACAAGCAUUGAAUCAGCGUCAAAAAAUGGUCCUCCAGAGGAAGACUGAAGAAGCUGCAAUGGCCACCAAAAGGUUAAAGGAGUUGCUUGAAGCUCGUAAAUCUUCCAGCCGAGACACUUUGGUUGCAAUGAAUGGAAGUGGAACGAAUGGACAGAGCAAUGAGAAGCCCUUACAACGGUGGCUUGAUCAAGAGCUGGAAGUCAUGGUAAAAGAGCAUGAAGUUCGAUUUGAGUAUGAGAAGCAAAGUCAAGUGCGAGCUGCCCUUGCGGAGGAGUUGGCCAUGCUAAAGCAAGUAAACGGGUUUGCUGCCAAGGGUCUCAGUCCUCCAAGAGGAAAGAAUGGAUUUGCUAGAGCAUCCUCCAUGUCACCAAAUGCAAGAAUGGCCAGAAUAGCUUCACUUGAGAGCAUGUUGAGCAUAUCAUCUAAUUCACUUGUGGCAAUGGCUUCUCAACUUUCUGAGGCAGAAGAACGGGAAAGGGCCUUCACCAACCGUGGACGCUGGAACCAGCUGCGCUCAAUGGGAGAAGCCAAGAAUUUGCUUCAAUAUUUGUUCAAUUCUGUUGGAGAUGCUAGGUGCCAACUGUGGGAGAAGGACACCGAGAUCAGGGAAAUGAAAGAUCAAAUCAAAGAACUUGUAGGUCUAUUACGGCAAAGUGAAAUCAAGAGAAAGGAAGCUGAGAAGGAACUAAGAGUGAGAGAGCAAGCUAUUGUAACCACAUUGGCUACGCCAAUUUCUGGAAACUCUCCAAAUUCAUUGAAACAUAGUGCAGACGACACGAAGGAACCUUUAUCUCCGGAAUCUGUGCCAGUACAGAAACAGCGCAAAUAUAUGCCGGGCAUCACUAAUGGCCAAGUGAGGGAAUCAGCAACCUUUAUAGAUCAAAGUAGAAGGAUGGUACCCAUCGGGCAGCUGUCAAUGAAAAAACUAGCAAUUGUAGGACAAAGUUCUGGCAAGUUGUGGAGGUGGAAAAGAAGCCACCAUCAGUGGCUACUGCAAUUCAAAUGGAAGUGGCAGAAGCCAUGGAGACUUUCUGAAUGGAUUCGACACAGCGAUGAGACAAUCAUGAGAGCAAGGCCACGUUCACAGGCUUUGCCAUAUGUCAUGUGAAUCUGAAUGCUGUGGUGAUCAUCCAUUUGCUGUUGGCUCAGUUCAUUUUUUAACCUACAAGAAUAAUCCUAGACAUAAGGCAUUGGAGAAAACCAAAAUCUAGGUGCGCAGUUGCAGGGUAAUAAUUAAUGGGUUGCUGACAAUAACAUUAUACAUACUACCCGAAUGUUGGAAAUGUUUGCGUUGUUUGCUGCGUAUGGAGCAUCUUGUAAGGUGAGUAAAAAUGUUGCCGAAGGCUUCCCAAAUAAUCAAGAGUAGGAGAUAGUGGCUUGCUUGGAGGCAUUUGUGAAGAUCUUGCCAUACAAAUUAUCUUGGAAUAUUGUGUGUAUACCAACAUUGAAAGGGGAGAAAAAGAAAUAUUCUUUUGUCGAGUCUUGGAAAUGUGCAUUUAGGGUCUUCUGUUUCUUACUUGUAACCGUGUUUGUCAGGCAUUGAUUUUUUGUUGAUAGAUAUACUGUAGUCUUCCUCUGUCACAAAGCAACAGAAGGAAAUUCUUCUGUUUUACCUGUAGGUCUUGUGUGUAAAGAACAUUAACUAUAUUGAAAGAGAUUGUAAUUUACCAUACCAGAGUUUGUAGCAAGGAAAUUUUUAAUCAGUUUUCCCCCUUUUAA